UUAAGCUGUCCGUCGCUACUGGACGUCUUCCUUCUUUGCUUUUUCCAUCUGCCCAUCGAUUCCCUUUUCACGCACAGUUGCUCUUUAUAAUUGCGAUAGUGCUCCGAUAGACGCUUCUCGUCGGGCACUGACAUCGGUGCAACCACGACCACCGCUGCCAUCGUGAUAUCACUGCCCCUCCUAGUCUUACCUACUCUACAUCCUCCCUCCACGCCUCCUUCUGGCUCCUUCAGACAUGGAUACUGAGAGCCAUCAUGCGCAAGACCAUGAUAUCGCCCCGACGUCCUGGCUGGAUAUGGGCGGGUUCAGCCCCUCGGAGCAAUCUCCCACCAUGGACUAUCAGGCCUUCGGAUACAGCGUCAUACCACUAGACCCUUCCACCUAUGGCGUGGAUUUACCACCGCCUUAUGCGACGCUGCCGAUAGCCAUGCCUCCACCUCCAAGUUCCUGGCCGAGUAUGAUUUCACAUCACGGGCCCUUCCCGGACCCAGUUGUGCCGCCCAUGCCCAUCUUGCAGGCACCACCUGUCAUUGCGCCGGCCCCGAUCAUCCCGGCACCACCUCGCAAGUCGUCUACCAGCAAGCCUUCUACGAACAAGUCAUCCACUGGCAAGUCAUCCUCGGGCAAGCCGUCCACCGGCAAGCCAAAUGGCAACUCAACGCCACGGAGAACCCUCACCGACGAAGACCGUCGACAAAUGUGUCUCUACCAUGAGGAGAAUAAAACAGCCAAGCAGACAGAUAUUGGAGCAUUAUUUGGAGUUGAAAGAAGUACGGUUUCGAAAGUUCUGCGUCAGAAGGACAAGUAUCUCAAUCCCGAAGAUGGAAGCCGGUCUCCUAUUAAGCGGGCCAAAGGAAGGGUUCCCGAUAUCGAAAAGGCCCUGUCUAACUGGGCAAGAAAUUAUCAAAAACAGGGCUAUCCGCUAAACGACGAAAUGAUUAGGGAGAAAGCCCUGUUCUUUGCUAGCACUUGCGGAAGCUCGGAUGGUAAGGAAAAGGUACUAAGUACCAGCUGGCUGGAAAAAUUCAAACGCAAAUAUAACCUGAUGGGCGCGAGGAACCGAAAGAGUUCCUUUAGUGUGAAGAGUGAAUCGGCGAGCCCAACUUGUCUGAGCAUCGAUUCAGCAUUGGCAUCCGCUGUCCAGUCUCCUACCCUACUUUCGCCUACUUCCCCGACUGGCUUCAUGUCACCACUGCCAUUAUCACCUGUCCAGAGCAACGAGAACAUCAGGGGCGAGUUUGCUCAGAGCCUAGCUGAAAUUGCAAGUGACUAUCAACAUAUGCAUACCAAGAGUUCGAUUUCGCUCGACACAACCUGCUCUUUUUCUGUCGGGCUCACCAGUCCAACAUCACCGUUGCUGACGGAAAGUCCUUUUACUCCCACGAGCCAAUCGCUUCACUCGUCUGCGGAUGGCAACUCUACCAGACCCCGCAGCCAGACUUUCCCACUCAGUUCAUCAGAUCCGAGUUUAAUGUCUACCGAUGAUUCCGAGCAGUUGACAAAAGCCGCACUACGACAAUCAUUAUCAGGCACGGCACCUGAGUCUGUUGAAGACUACCGGGAUCAGAAGAUCCUUCCGGCACUUGAUACUUCUGGAAGUACAAUUAAACGCAACCGUAGCAACCCUGACUUCAAAGCCAAGUCCAUAUAUCCCCCGCUUUUCUCGAAAUCUAACACCGUGUCCCCCGUUAGCUCCCCGGGAUCGCCAACCCAGGAUGAAGCCAGAAAAGCGCUAGAACUAGUGAUGAGCUACUUCAAACAGCAGCCCACUGGACUUGGGGCAGACGAUUUUAUGACCAUUGGGAAGUUGAUGGAAAGGCUUGAGCUCGCCAAGGCGCAGCAGGCCACGCUUCCAGGAGGCCUCACUCGAAUCGACGAACAUGAUGAUUCACCACACUUGCACAAGAAGAGGAGCAUUCACAGCCUCGGUUAAGAGCCAAUCUUCUACGGCGUCACAUUGAUACACAUAGUGCGACCAUCUAUGAUAUUCUCGUGGGAGACCUGUCAUGCAUACAUGAGUCUGACAUUGCCCAAAACAUAGUGUCUUG